AUGGGAGCAAUCGUAACGAAGAAGAGCAGUGUUAAUACUCUUGACGGGGCAGGAAAUCCAGAGACGACCACUCCACCGUCAACGACAAGAAGUGGUGCAAGUACAGCAAGCGUCAACUCCGUGGGAAUCCCCCUACCCCCGCGACCACUACUUGUAACUGAGUCUACACCUCCUUCUCCUAUCUCUAUCUCUAUCUCACCUACCCCACCUCCUCGGCCGACGGGGGACACGCAGUCGGAGAGUAGUGCUAGCAGCAGCAGCAGCAGCGACAGCGACUCUGAGAGGGCAGCGGCACCCGUCGGCGUCGAGGCAAGCUGGGAACUGGUCGAGCAGUGCCUGAAGUCCCUGGAGGCCGGCUUUGGGGUAACAUUCGAGCGGAGGCAGCUGCUAGACCGUGUACAGGAGGUUCGCUGCAGGGCGGGGGAGACGCUAAUGGAAGUUCGCCAGGCCGCUGUGGGUGUCUACGUCGUGAGGGAGGGAGAGUUGGAGGUCCUCUCUCCCAGCAAAGAUGUUGCUCUGUGUUGCUUGGGGGUUGGGGACUUUUGCGGGGAGCUCUCCAGCUUUUUCCGUGUUCCUUGCACUGCAGCAGUCAGAGCGAAACAUGGAGUCAGGGCCACAGUUCUACUGCUGCCCCUACUGGCUCUCUCUCGGAGCUCUCAGGUCGAGCAGGUCCCAAUGCACAGACUGCUCAAAUGGUGCACAAUAAGGUCUUAUGUGAGCACAGGUGACAUGCUCGACAAGUCAAAAUCGUCUCUUCUAUCAAAAGCACAGCUUGAAGCCUGUUUGUCGGCUCCAAAUUCCUUGUUUUCAACUUGGAGCACUGAAGCUAAAAGCUACAUUGCCACCAAGUCAAGUCCAAUGCUGUUUAGCAGCGGAGAUGUUCUAUGUGAAGCUGGAGAGGAACCGUCUUAUUACUUUCUUGUCCUCAGAGGCAGUGUUAAGUUUUCCACUGGAUCUGGAAGGCCAAGGUCUUUGACUGUCCAUUCAUCGAGUGAGGGCAGUUGCAUUGGCAAAGAGCUGUUCGCGGGGUCAAGAGUGGUCUACACUGCCACAGCAAUCUCUCCUCUCCUUGCUGUCCCUAUCAUACUAGAUCUACUAAAGGACACUGUCAAUAAGUUUCCAAGAGAUGCAGCAAAGUUGAAGAACAUCCAAACUGGCACCCUGUAA